CCAGCUGGGGAGGGAACCUGCUGGGGAGAGAACACGGGGGAGGGGACCCGCGAGGGGUGCGCGAACGCGGCUGGAGACCCAGCCUACCGCGCAGGUCCCUACCGAGCACAAACCAUGCAGGCCACGGACCCGGCCGCCUCCGGCUUCUACGAGGAGGAUGUCAAAGACCUGGACUUCUACGACUUUGAACCUCUCCCCACCCUGCCGGAAGACGAGGAGAAUGUGACCCUGGCUGACAUCCUCUCCCUGCGGGACAGUGGCCUCAGUGAGCAGGAGGCCUGGGCUGUGUGCCUGGAGUGCAGCCUGUCCAUGCGGAGUGUUGCCCACUCUCCCAUCUUCCAGACCCUGUGCAUCACACCCGACACUCUGGCCUUCAACACCAGCGGAAAUGUGUGCUUCAUGGAGCAGCUCAGCGAUGACCCCGAAGGCGCCUUUGUCCCCCCAGAGUUCGACCUGACUGGAAACACCUUUGAGGCUCACAUCUACUCUCUGGGGGCCACGCUGAAGGCUGCCCUCGAGUAUGUACCAGAGCCUGAGCUGGAGCCCAAGCUAAGCCCGGACCUGGAGACACUGCUGGGCCAGAUGCAGGCAGAGGAUCCCAGAGACCGGCCAGAUCUGAAGAGCAUCAUAGCCCUAUGUGAGGAGAAGAUGCAGCCUAUGUCCUCAUGCCGCCUGUGCCGGAGUCUCUCAGCCAUCGGGAGAAGGGUGCUGUCCAUCGAGUCCUUUGGAGCAUUUCAGGACGUCAGCGAGAACACCUGGAAGGGGAGACCUGCUCCAAGAAGUGUGGGGCCCAAGAGACCCCCUGGAGACCUCCGCACUGACCCAGAGGCCCUAUCUACUCCCGAGGGCCAGCCCCAGCCUCCUGCCCCCAGGGACCCAGAGCAGGAGGCCAGCUGGGGUCCCAGACCACCACCCACCAAGCCACUGCUGUCAACCCCCAUGAAAAAUGGUGAGAGCCCAAGCCGGGAGGGGCUGACCAGCCUUAUCCUGGAUACAACAUCCAUCCUUGGUGAGCCAGACAGAGACAUCCUCAAGAGGAGCCGCCUGAGGAAGAUGCAGACAUUCCCCAGGCUGCUUUCCGAGGGCCCUGAGGCCAAUGCCCUCUGCCUGUCACUGACCAGCUCAAAAAAACAGCUAACUAUAUCUGACUUCUUCUCCCCGGACCCCAUGAAGUUCUUUCUAGAGGGGAAAAAUGGCCUUUCAUGCUUCAGGGCACAGUCUAAAAGCAGGCUGUGGCCUGAGCACGCACCCAGACCCCAGCUGGAAGAGGCGCUGGGAAGCAGCCAGAACACAGAUAGGGGGCCAGGGACCUCAGGAAAGCCAGACACUUCACGCCCUGACCAGGAGCCUGCAGAGAACAGACCCUCGCCCCACCCUAUAGACCUUCAAGAUGAAGGCCAUGAAGCCCGGACUCUUGGAGACACCGAGGGGAUUCCGGAAGGAGGAGGGAAGCCAGGAAGCACUGCAUUGGAGCAGUGCCUGUCCCUGCAGGACCUCCUGUCCAAGCUGGACCGGCCUUUCAGGGAGUACGAGCUCUGGGCCCUGUGCCUCGCCUGCCUCAGUGCACUGCAGAAGCAUACAGAGCACCCAGCUUGCCUAUGCCUGGACAACGUGCUGGUGGCUGAGGAUGGAACUGUGCUCUUCGGGCCACCCCCUGCCAAUGGCUCCUACAACUCAUUCUUUCUGGCUCCCGAGGUGGCAGAGGAAAAGCUGGUGACAGAAAAGGCCUCAGUGUACUGUGUGGCCGCUGUCCUAUGGACAGCAGCCAAGUUCAGCGUCCCUCGCGACCAAAAGCUGGCUCUACCACGCAGGCUCAAGACUCUCCUCCUGGACAUGGCCAGGCGCUGUGCCCUGGAGCGGCCAUCUGCAGCUGAGGCCAUUAAGGUCUGUGGGAGCUACCUCCUCCAGCGGGGCAUGGAUAGCAGAAAGAUCCUAGCCCACCUGCGAGUGUCCACCUGCAAGGUUCACCAGGAGGAAGAGACCAUCGGUCUCCAAAAUGCCUUCUCAAUGGUUGAACUGAAACCCCGCACAGCACCUGCUCCCAAGCCCAGCCCAGGCUUCCUGCCAGUCAGCAGUGACACCAGAUUCAUGGCCAUGUCAGGGCCUGUGCCCAGUCCACCCUCCUGCUAUGAAGAAGCCAGAGAGCUGCCUGCAGCCUUUACCUCUGAAACCACUCACUUUAAGCCCAUCAUCCUUGCUCAUGACGCAGAUGUGGCCAGGGACCAGCUUCCUUUGUCCUCAGAGUCAGCUGAGAAACUCAGGGAGAAGAGUGGCCAGUUGGGUGGGAACGAUGAAGUGGAGCAGGCAGUCCAGGACCUCUCUGGAACCACAAGCCUGAAGACACCUGACCAGUUGGCACCCAGCCCAAAGCUGCAGCAAGCAGCCCCAGAACCUCUCAGGGAGUCAGUGCCACACAGCUUGGCCCGGGAAUGCUCCUGCCAGCCAGGCCCUGAACCAGCCAACCAGCAAGAAGGGGCCACACCAGUGAUGCCCAGCUCUCCUGCCCCCACCCCACCCCAAAAGGCACCAACAGUGCCUCCCGAUCAAGGGCCAGAUGGGCAGGUUCUACCUGGAGCCAGUCUGCCCCCAGGGCCCACCUCAGCCAGCCAAGGCUCACGUCACCCAUGCAAGCCACCAAGGAACAAGGCUGCUGAGAGUGAAGGCCCCCGGCCAGUGGCACGGGACCCCACACUGGCUGCCAUGAGUCCAGACAGUCCCAGGAGCCCAGGCAAUCACCCCGAGAGGCCUUGGCCAACAGACCGCAAACUGUGUCCACCCAGUGUGGACACUUCAUCCCCCCCAAAGAAGACAGCCUGCCCCUCCCUGCAGGAGGCCAUGCGCCUCAUCCAGGAGGAGUUUGCCUUCGAUGGCUACCUAGACAACGGGCUGGAGGCUCUAAUUAUGGGGGAAUAUAUUUACGCCUUGAAAGACCUCACCUUCGCCACUUUCUGUGGUGCCAUAUCUGAGAAGUUCUGUGACCUGUACUGGAAUGAACAGUUGCUAAAGAAUCUCUUCAAAGUGGUCAAUGAACCAUCCUCUCCCUCUGAGAGCACUUCCGAGGACACAGGGUCUCAGCUCCAGAGUUCACCAGGCAGCUGUGCAACAUCCAGCAAAAGACCCUCAUUGCACGGACUGGGCAAAGAAAAACCAGCGGCAGCCCGGAGCAGUGGAGGCCCCUGCUCACCCACCAUGCUGUCAGACAUAGACUCUGACACACUCUCACAGGGAAACCUGGAGGUGGGAUUUCGACCUCAGAAGUCAAUAAAAGCUGCACGAGAGCAGCAGCCCGAAGCAGGAGUAGGUGGAAAAGGCCCAGGCCUGGAGCCAGUUGGCAAGACCUCAGACACAGAUACCAUGGCCCAGGUGGCCAGACCCAAUGAGAGCAGCCAGGCAGUGUUUCUCGGCCCAGCUGAAUUCCAGAGCUGCAGCCCUGGCUGGUCCAGUGCCUUCUACGAGGCUGACUGCUUUGGAGCUGACGUCUACAACUAUGUGAGGGAGCUGGGGAGAGAAAAGGCUGGUGGGCACCCAGAGCCUGAAGCCCAGAGCCCGGAGCUAGAACAGCAGCUCAUGAUAGAGAAAAGAAACUACCGGAAGACUCUGAAGUUCUACCAGAAACUUUUACAGAAGGAAAAGCGCAACAAAGGCUCUGAGGUGAAGACCAUGCUGUCCAAGCUGAGAGGGCAGCUGGAGGAGAUGAAGUCCAAAGUUCAGUUCCUCGGCCUGGUCAAGAAGUACCUGCAGGUCAUGUACGCUGAGCGCUGGGGCCUGGAGCCCUGUGCCCUGCCAGUGAUCGUGAACAUCGCAGCAGCCCCCUGUGACACACUAGACUUCAGCCCCCUGGAUGAGUCCUCCUCCCUCAUCUUCUACAAUGUCAACAAGCAUCCGUGUGGGGGCCGGCAAAAGAAGGCUCGCGUCCUACAGGCUGGCACACCACUGGGACUCAUGGCCUACCUCUAUUCCAGUGACGCCUUCCUCGAGGGCUACGUCCAGCAGUUCCUGUACACCUUCCGCUACUUCUGCACACCGCACGACUUCCUGCACUUCCUCCUAGACCGCAUUAGCAGCACUCUGUCCAGGGUCCACCAGGACCCCGCCUCAACCUUCACCAAGAUCUAUAGGAGAAGCCUCUGCAUCCUGCAGGCCUGGGUGGAAGACUGCUACACUGUAGACUUCACAAGGAGCGCGGGGCUGCUGGGGCGUCUCGAGGACUUCAUCUCUUCCAAGAUUCUGCCCCUGGACAGCUCUGCUGAGCACCUGCUGGGCCUCCUGGAGUUGGGCACUGACAGGAGGGCUGAUGGUACCCCUCGAGGCGCAGACCUGGAGGACCCCAAGGAGGCUGAGGAGGAUGCCAGACCCUUCAACGCCCUCUGCAAAAGGUUCUCAGAGGAUGGCAUCCCCCGAAAGAGCUUCCCCUGGAGGCUGCCCCGGGGCAAUGGACUGGCACUGCCACACCACAAGGAGCGCCAGUACACCAUCGCAUCUGCCCUGCCCAAGCCCUGCUUCUUCGAAGACUUCUAUGGCCCCUAUGCCAAAGCUAGCGAGAAGGGGCCCUAUUUCCUGACUGAGUACAGCACACAUCAACUUUUCACUCAGCUGACACUGCUACAGCAGGAAUUGUUUCAAAAGUGCCACCCUGUACACUUCCUAAACUCACGGGCCCUGGGUGUCAUGGACAAAAGCACAGCCAUUCCUAAAGCCAGCUCCUCUGAGUCCCUGUCUGCCAAAACCUGUAGCCUGUUUCUGCCCAAUUAUGUCCAGGACAAGUACCUGUUACAGCUUUUAAGAAAUGCAGAUGAUGUCAGUACCUGGGUGGCUGCUGAAAUAGUGACCAGCCAUACCUCCAAGUUGCAGGUGAACUUGCUCUCUAAGUUUCUGCUAAUUGCAAAAUCUUGCUAUGAGCAGAGGAACUUUGCGACAGCCAUGCAAAUCCUGGGCGGACUGGAGCACUUGGCCGUGAGGCAGUCCCCUGCCUGGAGAAUCCUGCCUGCAAAGAUCGCAGAGGUCAUGGAGGAGCUAAAAGCCGUGGAGGUCUUCCUGAAAAGCGACAGCCUAAGUCUGAUGGAAGGACGGCGCUUCCGGGCCCAGCCCACCCUGCCCUCUGCCCACCUCCUGGCCAUGCACAUCCAGCAGCUAGAGACAGGGGGCUUUACCAUGACCAACGGAGCCCACAGAUGGAGCAAGCUCAGAAAUAUAGCCAAGGUGGUGAGCCAGGUCCACGCAUUCCAGGAGAACCCCUACACGUUCAGCCCUGACCCCAAGCUGCAGGCGCACCUCAAGCAAAGGAUCGCUCGCUUCAGCGGGGCUGACAUUUCCAUCUUAGCAGCAGACAACCGGGCCAACUUCCACCAGAUCCCAAGUGAGAAGCAUUCCCGGAAGAUCCAGGACAAACUACGGAGGAUGAAAGCCACAUUCCAGUAGUGAGGAUGUCACUGAGUGUGGGAGGUCCGAGGGGAACCAGACCUGCAGGAAGCAGCUGUGGAGCCAGAGCUGCUCCAGGGCCACCUGUUUGAGGCUGCUCUGCACGGAGCCCUGAGCAAUGUAGGUUUCCACCAGUCCCCACUCCCCAGAUCAAGAGGUGGAGGCUUAGAGGGACUCACCCACGGCCACUCCCCAAGGAGGACAAAGCCAGCUCCCACACCGACCCAGCGCGCAGAACCGGCCCUUCCCAGGACAUGGGCAGGAUGGGCACGAGACUUUGGUGGUCCUGUUUCUGCAAGAAUUUAAAAAUUAAAUUUAAAAAUGACAAUAGAAAGCCAAAUAUGGUGACACAUGGCUCAUGGCUGUAAUCCCAGCACUCCAGAGACUGAGGCAGAAGAAUUGCUGUGAGUUCAAGGCCUGCCUGAACUACAUAGUGAGACCCUGUCUCAAAAAAAAAGGCAAAUAGAAUAAGUAAAUUUUCUCCAGUCUUUGUACCUAUCUCUCCUAGACGAAUGACUUUCAUCCCAUUCUUGUUGUGAUCCCCUCCCCCCACAAAAAACACCCAAAACCCAUUCAUUGACUAAAAAGAUUCCAAACUUAGGUAAGGUGGGCUGGGGAUUAGCUCAGUGGUUCCGCCACCUGCCUCACAAGUGCAAGGCCCUAAGUUUGAUCCCCAGUAUCCCUCCAAAAAAAGAAAUAACAAUCCCAGACUUAGGUAAGCUAAGCGUGUAACACUAGCUGAACAGUGUUUCCACGUUUGCUUAACAGAGGACCAAAAACUCAGCUGAACCCAUGGGCUCCAAGACUUCUAAAACCUUCCACAGGGGCCCAAAGCUUCUGGAUGAGCUGGCCCUGAUGGGUUCGCACUUCCAUCCGCCCUCAGUCCUCCCUGUAAGAGACUUCCACUAUCCCACAUCCAGCUGCCAAGCCAGUUAGAAGCAGCCUCUGCCUCAUUUCUGCAGCAGCUGCUCCUUCCUGUGCCCUCCACUCACCCCCAGCUUAGGAAAACUGCAGUGACACAGGCACCCUGCCAAAGGCUGUACUCCCUGGAAAAGGACACUGGACACUUACGAGCAGGGGCACCAUCCACGGACCCUGAGAGUGUCCCUCCACCUGCCCCAAGGCCUGGGGGCUGCAGGACUGCCUGCCUGUGUUCAGCAGCCAUGCAUGCGCGCACCCAUCCGCUGUGCACCACCACUUAGCACUUUGUCAGACCAGGAUGUGAAGUCUGCAGCCUCAGUUGUACCAAGCCCUUCCCUGAGUUCAUGGUCUCCAACAGCUGGUGUUAAAAUUGACUCAGUGAUGGUGGCCAGGAGGCUGGUAAUGAAACAGGGCAUGGCUGGUCAGAGCCCUACACUAGACACCAGACUUCUCAGAUGCCUGGUACCAUUCCGGGCACUGCCUGCCACCAGACCCAAGGUUGUUCUAUGGUUUAGAAUUCAUGUUUCCUUAGUGAAACAGCUAGUGGUAUUUCUAGGAAGGCUGUGACUUGUGACAAAAUGUUGACUUUUUAAUGCCAAGAGCUGUUUUCCCACAUGCACUCAAUGGAGGCACCUGCUGACUUGGACAUAAGAGGAACUUGUCCCCACUGUGCAUAUGUGACUCACUGUUUUGAGGCUUUUCUAUGAAGAUUACAUUCUGCUGAUGAAUGCCUAUGCUUCCAGAUUUUGUAUUUCACACAGAUGGUAUCUAGCACCAAUCAACAUUUCAAUGGCAACAACUUAUUUCAUGGGAAAGUGACCAGGCUUUGGCUUCGGCACUGUUUGCAUGUCAUCCUGAUGUCACAUGGUACAGAUUUAUAAAUAAAAUCAUUUCUAC